UGAACCAGAUUAAGUGCACGAGAGGAUUAAUAGGAUUUGCAUUGUUCGAAAUUAUAGGACUACCACACUGCCUCUGCCACAAGAUCCAUCCUUCUCGACAUAGAAAAAGCAAUGCUUCACUCCAUCAAAACGGUUUUAACCUAUCAACACGUUUCACUCCCACGCUCUCUCUCUUCCAACCUCGGUCGGGAAGCUUCCGCAGUUAGAUUCUGCACCAAAUCUGAUAGUAACAGUAGAGAUCAUAACAUGGACAAGAGUCAGAAACCUAGCGAGGAAACUAAACAUGGAGAUGUGAUGUCUCAUUCGUUUGGGGAAGGGUACGCUACGAGGUGUGAUGAAGAAGGGUUUGGUGGAAUUUAUGGUGGAAAACAAUCCAUGCCCAAGACGGAUGAGUGCAUACAUGAAAAUCACCCAGCUUAUGACAAGACGCAGGGAAGCGAGGUGAAGGAGAAGGAAAAAGCGAGGCAUCAACCCAGUGCCAACGCUUAAUUACGCUAUCUAUGAGGAGGGGUGUAUCCAUGUAACAUGCUAUGAUAUUGUUGUUGUUGAUUUUUACUUUUCUGCUCUUUUUGGAUUUUACCCUGGAAACAGAUAGACUUUUGUAUUAUGUUAUGUAUUGCAUUACGUGUUGUUGUUA